AUGACAGAUCGUCUCUUUCUCUCUCUGUCUUUCUCUCUCCCUACCUCUACCCUAUCUCUCUCCCCACGCUCUCUCUCGUUCUACCUGCUCUCUCUCUCUCUCUCUACCCCUCUCUCUCUCUCUCUCUCUCUCUCUCUCUCUCUCUCUAUCAUUUUUCGUUAUUUUCCCGACGCACUUUCAUUCUUUCUUUUUGUCUUUCUCUACAUCAUUUUUCGUAAUUUGUCCGACGCGCUUCCAUUCUUUCUUUUUGAUUUUCUCUACAUCAUUUUUCGUUAUUUGCCCGACGCACAUUCAUUCUUUCUUUUUGUCUUUCUCUACAUCAUUUUUCGUUAUUUGCCCGACGCACUUUCAUUCUUUCUUUUUGUCUUUCUCUACAUCAUUUUUCGUUAUUUGUCCGACGCACUUUCAUUCUUUCUUUUUGUCUUUCUCUACAUCAUUUUUCGUUAUUUGUCCGACGCACUUUCAUUCUUUCUUUUUGUCAUUCUCUACAUCAUUUUUCGUUAUUUGCCCGACGCACUUUCAUUCUUUCUUUUUGUCUUUCUCUACAUCAUUUUUCGUUAUUUGUCCGACGAGCUUUCAUUCUUUCUUUUUGUCUUUCUCUACAUCAUUUUUCGUUAUUUGCCCGACGUGCUUUCAUUCUUUCUUUUUGUCUUUCUCUACAUCAUUUUUCAUUAUUUGUCCGACGGGCUUUCAUUCUUUCUUUUUGUCUUUCUCUACAUCAUUUUUCGUUAUUUGCCCGACGCACAUUCAUUCUUUCCUUUUGUCUUUCUCUACAUCAUUUUUCGUUAUUUGUCCGACGCGCUUUCAUUAUUUCUUUUUGUCUUUCACUACAUCAUUUCUCGUUAUUUGUCCGACGCACUUUCAUUCUUUCUUUUUGUCUUUCUCUACAUCAUUUUUCGUUAUUUGCCCGACGCACUUUCAUUCUUUCUUUUUGUCUUUCUCUACAUCAUUUUUCGUUAUUUGCCCGACGCACAUUCAUUCUUUUUUUUGUCUCUCUCUACAUCAUUUUUCGUUAUUUGCCCGACGCACUUUCAUUCUUUCUUUUUGUCUUUCUCUACAUCAUUUUUCGUUAUUUGUCCGACGCACAUUCAUUCUUUCUUUUUGUCUUUCUCUACAUCAUUUUUCGUUAUUUGCCCGACGCACUUUCAUUCUUUCUUUUUGUCUUUCUCUACAUCAUUUUUCGUUAUUUGUCCGACGCACUUUCAUUCUUUCUUUUUGUCUUUCUCUACAUCAUUUUUCGUUAUUUGCCCGACGUGCUUUCAUUCUUUCCUUUUGUCUUUCUCUACAUCAUUUUUCGUUAUUUGUCCGACGCGCUUUCAUUCUUUCUUUUUGCCUUUCACUACAUCAUUUCUCGUUAUUUGUCCGACGCACUUUCAUUCUUUUCUUUUUUGUCUUUCUCUACAUCAUUUUUCGUUAUUUGCCCGACGCACUUUCAUUCUUUCUUUUUUGUCUUUCUCUACAUCAUUUUUCGUUAUUUGCCCGACGCACUUUCAUUCUUUCUUUUUUGUCUUUCUCUACAUCAUUUUUCGUUAUAUGCCCGACGCACUUUCAUUCUUUCUUUUUUGUCUUUCUCUACAUCAUUUUUUCAUCAUUUUUCGUUAUUUGCCCGAAGCACUUUCAUUCUUUUUUUUUUUUUUUUUCUUAUUUGCCCGACAUCAUUUUUUUUUUUGUCUUUCUCUACAUCAUUUUUCGUUAUUUGUCCGACGCACUUUCAUUCUUUCUUUUUUGUCUUUCUCACAUCAUUUUCGUUUUUGUCCGACGCGCUUUCAUUUCUUUCUUUUUGUCUUUCUCUACAUCAUUUUUCGUUAUUUGUCCGACGCACUUUCAUUCUUUCUUUUUUGUCUUUCUCUACAUCAUUUUUCGUUUUUUGUCCGACGCGCUUUCAUUCUUUUCUUUUUGUCUUUCUCUACAUCAUUUUUCGUAAUUUGUCCGACGCUCUUUCAUUCUUUCUUUUUUGUCUUUCUCUACAUCAUUUUCGUAAUUUGUCCGACGCGCUUUCAUUCUUUCUUUUGUCUUUCUCUACAUCAUUUUUUUUAUUUGUCCGACGCGCUUUCAUUCUUUCUUUUUGUCUUUCUCUACAUCAUUUUUUUUUUGUCCGACGCUUUCAUUCUUUCCGACGUCUUUCUUUCAUUUUUCGUUAUUUGCCCGACGCACUUUUUCUUUUUUUUUUUGUCUUUCUCAUCAUUUUUCGUUAUUUGUCCGACGCGCUUUCAUUCUUUCUUUUGUCUUUCUCUACAUCAUUUUUCGUUUUGUCCGACGCUUUUCAUUCUUUCAUCAUUUUCAUUUUCGUUAUUUGUCCGACGCGCUUUCAUUCUUUCUUUUUGUCCUUCUCUACAUCAUUUUUCGUUAUUUGUCCGACGCACUUUCAUUCUUUCUUUUUGUCUUUCUCUACAUCAUUUUUCGUUAUUUGCCCGACGCGCUUUCAUUCUUUUCUUUUUGUCUUUCAUUUUUCGUUAUUUGUCCGACGCGCUCAUUUUUCGUUUGUUGCCCUACAUCAUUUUUCGUUAUUCUUUUUCAUUUUUCUUUUGUCUUUCUCUACAUCAUUUUUCGUUAUUUGCCCGACGGGCUUUCAUUCUUUCUUUUUUUUUUGUCUUUUUUCGUUACAUAUUUUUUUUUUUGUCUUUCUCUACAUCAUUUUUCGUUAUUUGCCCGACUUUCAUUCUUUCUUUUUGUCUUUCCGUACAUAUUUUUUUGUUAUUUGUCCGUCGAACUUACUUACUUCCAUUCUGUUUCUUUCUUUCUUUCUUUCUUUCUUUCUUUCUUUCUUUCUUUCUUUCUGGUUCAUUCUUUCAAUCUUUACGUUAUUUUUUCUUUAUUUUUCCAUUUAAUUAUGCUUUUUUCUUAAAUAAUUUUCUAGAAUUUUUCUUUCUUUCAUUUCGCCUUUCUCGACAAAAUAAUUCACUAUUUUUCCAUCGAUCUUUCUUUCUCUCUUUUUCCUUCUUCCUUUCGUUCAUUUUACGUUAUUUUUACUUCGCUCUAUUCACAUCAACUUAUUUGUUUCAAUACUUUAAUAUCUAUCUAUCUAUCUAUCUAUCUAUCUAUCUAUCUAUCUAUCUAUCUAUCUAUCAGUCUAUCACCUGUAGGCUAGAGAAUCCAAAUGAAGUCAAAUAUAUUCGCAUUUGUCUCGAUUAA